AUGGCUUCGUCGCUUCACCCCGUAAAGAAAAGAAACCAAAAUCAUACUCCUUCUCUGCAUCAGAAAUCAAGAAUACCAGUCAGAAUGACUCGCCUGAGCAGAGAGAAUAAGAGAAGAUCUUUGUCAGAGAACGAGUCUGAUAACAAAGCGCAGCUAAAACAGGUAAAUUUGCAUAACAUCUAUCACUUGAGUUUUAACUAUCAUAGUUACAAAAGGAUGACUAACUAUCAUCCACAAAUUCAACAGCUGCAACAAAAACAACGCCUCUUUUGCUUAAAUAAACAGGUCUGCAAAGAUGAGAAAGAACCACGCGUCACAACUGAGAAACUUGAAACGUACCGAAAGAUGAUAAAAACUUUGCAGGCUGACCUGGAAGAGAGCCAAGUUGAGAUAAAGCGAAUGCAGCUUAAGGAAGAAUACAAAGAAAGAGAGCUGGCAAAUUUAAAACGUGAUUUCAAGAGAAAGGAGCGAAAAUGGGAAGAAGGAAAUGCAUUCGUGGAAAAGGUUAUGGUGGAAAGAAGAGAGCUAUUGGAUGAUAUUGAUUACUUGGAGGAAAGCUUAAAGAACAGUCAAGAAAGGAAUGAAGAUCUGAUGUUUGAGGUUGAUGAGCUGAAGAUAUCGAUACAGGAAAUGAAAAGGGAGUACAUGAUGGAACACGGUCGCGGUGGAUGCGGGCAUCUACGCGAGGAAGUAGAGUUACUAAAUGGAUCCUUAGAGUUCAAUGAACAGCGAAUGGUUCUGUUAGAUUACCAAGUGGACGUGCUGAAAGCAGAAAGAGAAGAGUUCUUUGAUGAUGUUGAUUAUCUGGAGGAAUGUUUAAAAAACAGUCAAGAAAGAAACGAAGAUCUGAUGUUUGAGGUUGAUGAGCUGAAGAUAACGAUACAGGAAAUGAACAGGGAAUAUAUGAUGGAACAUAGUCGCGGUGGAUGCGGACGUUCACGCGAGAAAGUAGAGUUACCUAAUGGAUCCCUGGUGUUGAAUGAAGAGCAAGCAGUUUUGUUAGAGAACCAGUACCAUGAGAUAAAAUGUGACACCUCAAAGACUUCAAUGGAUCUCAAAGAUGAAAUUGAAAAGUUAAAAAAAGAAAAAUCCAAACUAUCCUCGGCACUAUCAAAGGCAUCAGACGAAGAAAACCAGUUGUAUGAGUUAAAAUUUGAAAACUCAAGGAUCACAAGAACAUUUGAAGAUCAUAUAACAAGGUUAAGAAGAGAGAACUGCACUUUGACUGCCAUACUAUUAAUGGCUUGCGAAAAGGAUGACCAAUUGACUGAACUAAAAGAAAAAGGAGAACUGAAGAAGCAAAAAGAGUGUGGUUCUUAUCCAGAGAAAGAGCUCUACGUGAGAAUUGGACAUCAAGAGAAUCAGAUGGUGACCAGGAGAGAAAAAGCUGCUUUACAUCAGAUAAUGUUUUUGGAUGAUGAAAGUGAUGUGGCAGCCAGUAGUCAAGGAGACACUAUGAAUAUAUGGGUGAAUGACUCCAGGAUGGUGGAACGUUUUGAAACAAGGAGAGAUCAACACUUCGACCGCGUCAGUAUUACCGCUAAAGUUGACCUCACCAUGCGGAAACUCUCAGCACACGGAUCACCUAAUAUCGUUUCGAUCCUUCUCUGCAGUGUUUAA